AGCCCAGGCAUCGCCAAGCAAGUGGAGUAGUACGAUGGUGAUCAAUAGUCGAUCAUCCCGCCCGCAGCCGCAGUUAGUUUGUAGUAUAAUAGUCUGUUUUGCAACCUGCUGUUUUGCACCUCCACCGCCUAUCCACCACAUGUAUGUUGACAUCACUACUCAGACUUACAAUAGUUUAUAUAUUGAGCUUGCAAGUCUGCUCAAGAUCCCGAUAGGGCCUGUAUAUGAUCCCCAAGAGGUCAUGCAAAGAUACGUUCUCGGACCUCGCCGCUUUGGUUUUUAUGAUGAGCCACCUGAAUGGAUAUAUAUUCAUGUCGUCGGGGAAGAACAAGACAGGGUAAUUCUGGCCAUAGCCAUUGAUGACUUAUGUCUUAUUGGCUUCAGUAAUGCUAGUGACCAUUGGUACAAGUUUAAUGGACAGUCAUCAUCGUUCAAAGGUUUGCCGGGAGCCACCGUGCUACCGAUCAGACAAAAUUAUCAAGAUUUGAUCAAAGGACACGCCAACCUUUGGAAGGUUCCUCUGGGGAAGAAAUCAGCCAUACAUGCCACCAAGCAGCUUGCGUCGUAUGACCGAGCCGUCACCCCUGACUCCGAACUCAAGGACGGGCUGGUUAGGUUCGUGGUGAUGAUGUGUGAAGGCAUGCGGUUCCGAUCGAUCCGCGACAUGUUCUCGUCGUUGUCGGGCAAUAACUGGGAGGAGGAGACCUUCAUCACUGAGCUCCAAGCAAAAUCUGUCGUCUACUGGUCACAACUCUCGAUGCUCCUCAUUCGGUGGGAGCUAACCGGAAGGCUGCCCGGGGGGCCAAAAUGGGGUGCUGUUGAUGGUCGAUAUAACAGUAUGGCUAAGCAUGUCCAAGAGACUAUUAAUGUCAAUGAUGCGAACGAUGCUUUGACAAUCAUUGAUUUUCUGCUUCGCCCAACAGAGGAAGUAGAUACUGGUAAUUAGUUUUAAUAUAUAUAAUUAUUAGUUACGUCAUCGAUCUGUUGUAAUAGUUUAUAUAUAUCUCUAAUAUUAAAAAAAAAAAGUAAAAUUUCAGCCU